UCCCUCUCCUCUCUCCCUCUCUCCUCUCUCCUCUCUCCUCCCUCCCUCUUCUCCUCCCUCCUCUCUCCUCUCUCCUCCCUCCCUCUCCCUCCUCCCUCCCUCUUCUCCUCCUCUCUCUCUGUCGGACUCAGAUUAUCUCCAUCAUCCUGCCGCUCAGAUGUCGACUCCAGAUGCAGGAGCUCCAGGGGCCUCGGAGGGCGACGGGGGCCCUCCGGCUCCGGCCCCGAACCUCACCAGCAACAGACGGCUGCAGCAGACGCAGGCGCAGGUGGACGAGGUGGUCGACAUCAUGCGUGUGAACGUGGACAAAGUUCUGGAGAGAGACCAGAAGCUGUCGGAGCUGGACGACCGGGCCGACGCCCUGCAGGCCGGAGCCUCGCAGUUCGAGAGCAGCGCCGCAAAACUCAAGAACAAGUACUGGUGGAAAAACUGCAAGAUGAUGAUCAUGAUGGCAGUUAUAGGAAUUAUAUGUGUUGGAGUCGUCUUCUUGUAUUUCUUCUACUGAGCUGCUCUUCAGGAAUCGACACACAAGUCGCAGGACGAGUCUGCACCGACACCACCGAGCCAAAUCCAGCCUCUCCUCAGCGCUCCACCUGCUCUUCCUCCUCCUCUUCCUCCUCACGGAUGCCUUCCUCAGAUCCUUCCACGCCUCCUCGUCUCCAGGCAGAAAUCCUGAGUUAAACAAUGAGUGGAUGCAAAGUUUUGUUUGGUGAUGGUUUAACAGCACCAGGACGCUUUAAAUUGAUCAGAAAUGUGAACUGACCUUUGUCCUCCUAGUACCUGCUGUGUUGUCCUGUGAAACAACGUAAAGUCCAUUAACCCAGAUUCAGUCGAAUCAAAAGGUAUUGAUCAGGUGAUCUGACAUCUCUCCGGGCCAAAUUAAGACAGUAAAGAUGUAAAAAAAGAAAAGAAAGAUGUAGAAAACUUUAUUCUCACCUAGUUUCUAUAAAACAGUACAGUAAAUGUGUGUUAGAUAACUUGUUUUUUUUCAUUUUGACAUUCAUCUGUUACUUAAUUGAUCACUCUGAUGGUGAUGAUCAGUAUUUCAAACCUGGGUUAAUGGAUCCUGUUCUGUCUCCCUCUACUUGUGCAGUAUUGUUGAGGAACGCUGCCCCCCUGCUGUCAGUAUCGGUACUGCUGCUGAUGUGUUUCCACUUGAAGCAGAAAAACUCAACAGGAAAACAUUUUAGACUUUUUUUUCUGUGUUUGUCCGUCCAGCCUCAGUGUUUUUUAAAUUCUCGUCGUCUCGUGAACCGACCCGACUCGUGAUUUGUCGUCUUGAAUGUCUUUUUUUUUUUUGUUCUGCUUGAGUGUGACUCCUCUGUGUGAAGGGUUUCCGAGUGAGUGUGUGGAUUAUCUGAAAAGGUUUGAUUUUAAACGUUAAGAUACUCGAGUUAAAAAAGUGUGAACGUGUGGCAGCGUUAAUCCUGCUGGUUGUUAAAAGGUUCUGGACACAGGAGGGAACUUUGCAUUUGACAUUUAAAAGAUUACAGGCAGCGUUGUUCCGUCUGUGGCCUGAGAUUUCAAAUAAAUUCAUGUU